AAAGAUCAGAGAGAGAGCAAAAACAGUUAGACUUGCAGAAGCCUUCAGUUCCUGCUAUACCUCCGAAGAAACCUCGGCCACCCAAAGCAAACUCUGUGAAUAGACCUGGUACCUUGCCCCCGAGACGACCAGAAAGACCAGUUGUGCCUGUGACUCAUACAAGGAGUGAUAGUCCAAAAGUGGAAUUAGUGGGCAGUACAGUAUCUGGCACUCUAGAGAAAGACUCCUCUGAAAGAAGCAAUGACAUCGACUUGGAAGGUUUUGACUCUGUAAUACCAGUUGCUGAGAAGCUUAAUCAUCCAACUACAACCAGACCAAAAGCUACUGGCAGGCGACCACCCUCCCAGUCUCUCACAUCUUCAUCCCUUUCAAGCCCCGAUUUCUUUGACUCACCAAGUCCUGAAGACGAGAAGGAGGAGCAUGUUUCUAUUACUCACAAAACUAUUGAAGUGUCAAAGAAAUCAAGAACUGUUACAAUAUCACAAGUGUCUGAUAAUAAAACUUCCUUGCCUCCAAAACAAGGAGGUUUGCCUAGUGGCAGUAAUGUACAACCAUCACUAUCCCCUUCACCGUCACCUGGAUUUCACUCAAUUGCUAUGGGAACAACAGGCCACAGGUCAAAUUCCCCAUCCCUGUUUGGUACUGAAGGAAAGCCAAAGACUGAGCACUUGAGCCAAGGUCAGACUGCCCUGGAGGAGCUGAGAACACAAAUUAAGGAGCUGAGAACCAUCAUUGAAACCAUGAAAGACCAGCAAAAAAAAGAGAUUAAACAGUUGCUGUCUGAGUUGGAUGAAGAAAAGAAAAUCCGUCUGCGAUUGCAGAUGGAAGUUAAUGACAUAAAGAAAGCUCUUCAAUCAAAGUGAAUACUUGAUAGGUGGAAUGUUGCAUUAUUCUUCAUGACUGAGACUCAAAUUUAUGCCCCAGCCAAAAUAACUUUGUGCCAAAUGAUUUAAGAAUUGCCUCAACAUCCCUUUAUUUGAAGGAUUAGCACAACAGUUUUUGAUAGCACAACAAAAAUACCAACGAGGACAAAAUUUCCACCCGAAGCAGUGCUGUGCGGCACUAGUUGUGACUGAAAUUGAUCUUCUUGUGCUAAAGGCUCUCUACUUCAAGAUCCUAGGUGAAAUGAAAACUCAGGCAGUUUAGUCCAUAGUGGUACUAUUUUGAUUAUAUUUUUCCAUAAAUAAAGUGUAUUUCAGAUUAUCUGUUUACAAGCUUUAUGAUUUUAAUUUUUUGUUUUUAAUUGUCUUUUGUCACAGAUUUUAAAAUGUUUGUACUGCAUAUAGCCAGGAAUGAAUGUUAAUGUUGGGGCUGGAGGGAUUAUUUUUGCUUUGAGAUAGAACAGCCUACUUUUUGUUAUGGUUUUAAGUUCUGUUAAAUAUGCAAUUUCAUGUCCCAGAUCCCCUACAGUUUAAACUUGGGUUGUGUACAGUAAUGUAUUUACAAGAAGGAAACAAACCAACAGAAAUCUGGUCUUUGCAAUGA